AUGACAGCUACAGGGUCGGUGAAGGCGGCGAGGGGGGAGCAGACCUCGUCGAAAUUGGAGGCCAGCUUCACUAAUAGCAAGAGCCCGCCUCACAGCACCGCGCCUGACGGCGAGCAAGGAGCGAAGUCGGGCGAUGAACUAGACUCGUUAGAAGCUGACCCAUUGCCGGAGGAGGAGGUGGAAAAGCAGCAGGCUGCGGGCGUGGGGCAGAUCUGCACGGAGGCGUGGAGGCGGGGCGUGCUAAGGCGGGUGCGCAGCAGCAAGUAUAUCCGGCGGCUGCUGGCGGAGGGAGAGACGAGCGUGGCGAGCAUCAGCGCGGGUAUAGACGCCGUGUGCGGGCGGACCAAGCACGUGGAGGCCAUGCUGCUGAACCACAGCAGUGUUGCCACGCCAGCAUGUGGCGACUGGCCCGAGGAGUGCUGGCCCGUGCCCCACAUGCCCUUCGCCUCUCUCGCUGUAUGCACGCACAUCCCAUGUGAACCCCCCUGCCAUGCCAUGCUGCUGAUGUUGCAACGACCACCAUUCUCCCUCCGUUCGCCCUCCCCUCCAUCAAUCGCGCUCCCUCGCACUCUGUCCUCGCGUGUGGGGCAGAAGCAGCGCGUGGUCUGUACUCCACUCCAUGCUCGCCCACAAUUGGCCUUGCGUCGUGCGCAUCUCUGCCAGCACGUCCUUGGUGUGGGGGACCACGAGUACCUGCUGUUGCCCGUGACAGCAGGCGACACUGACCCCCCUCUCAGUAACUCCCUGCAUCCACACCUGCCUCCGCGUCUCUUCGUUUCCCAUGGCCCUCGUGCUCCCCAUCAGGACUUCCCGCGGCGCAAGUACCUGGUGUUCGCCAUGUCGGAGGAGCAGCUGAGCAACGCGCGAACACACAUUGUGGAGGCGGCUCUGCUCGCGCGCAUGAGCAACCGCAUCCUCGUGCUGCCCAAGGCGAGUCGCAGCCAUGUAUCGCUGGGGCGGGAGCUGCCGGUGUGCGAGUACUGGGACCUCUCUCGCCUCGCAGCCGCCUCCGAGUGGGUGUCGCCGCAGUUCUUCCUGCUGCUCGCGCGCGCCACGCUCGCCAACCCCUCCGUGGCCUUCAUGUGGGUGGAAUCGCCAUAUCUCCAACGCCACGCCUUCCAUUUCGACCUGGUGACGGAGUUCCUGGGGCAGCUCAUGCCGUUCACGGGGGGCCACGUGCCCCUGGAGGCCAACACGCUGCCGGUCACCAUGCCCACCACCAACCAGAAAGUAGCUGCUCUGCUCAAUACCUCGGGGGAUAAGGACAUAGUGGUGUGGUUCAAGACGACGUGGGAGCGCGUGGAGUUCAGCAGCAACGCGGACGACGCCGCCUUCCCCCUGCUGCCCUACAGCCGCCACCACCACGCCACGGCUGCGCGCCUGCUGGCUCUGCUGCCGCGCCCCUUGAUUGCCGUGCACUUCCGCUCCGAGUUCAUUGCCUUCCGCGUGCAAGACGACAUGCAAGCGCAAGGGCAGCAGGCGAAUGCAUCGAUGGUGCAGGAGAGACUGGAGUGGUGCGUGGGCGAGGCAGAGAAGCUCAUCACCCGAGUCAGGGACCUGCUCUCCCACCCCUCCGCUGCCGCCCACCCUGCAUCUGCCCUCGCUGCUCUUGCUGCUGAGGCCGCUGCCCCUGCUUCCAGCCCCAGUACCGGAAAUCUCAGAAGCUUUCUUGGCGACAGCAGCAGCAGCAGCGGCAGCGGCAGCAGGGCGAGCAGCAAGGUGUCGGUGUUCAUUGCAGCGGACGUGCCGUUCAACACAUCGGCAGCGCCAGCGCGGUCGGACUCGUGGCAGAGCAUGGUGAAAUGGUACAAGGGCGACCAAGCUGUGCUGCUCUCGUCGCUCGCCGCCCUGCGGCGCCUGAGGAGGAACGUGCAGGGCACGGUGAUGGUGGACGAGCUCAUGCCCCAUGUCAACACCCUUGAUCCAGGUGUGGUGGCGAUCCUAGACAAGCUGGUGUCUGCGCAUGCUGAUGUGUUCCUCGCAGGCACCCGCCGCGCGCAGCUCACUGGCGCGGAGGGCCGCGCGCCGGGGGCCGCAGCUCAGCUGGCGGCGGUGCGCGCGACGUCGCAAGAAGAGGGCUCCACGUGGGGAGGGGGGAGCGGAGCAAGUGGCGGAGAUGACUAUACAGAGGAGUACGAGGAGGCCUAUGACGAGGACGUAUGGCGGCGGGAGGCGCUCCAGCAGUACGACUCGCUGUACCUAUACGCGCCAGCUCCCGCGCCCUCCGCACCAUCAUCGUGGAUUGUGAUGGGGUGUGUGGCGGGAGUUGGCAUCAUCGCUGCACUCCUCUACUACCUGCUCGGUGCCCGCCACAACAAAGACGUGCGCUCCGAGCCACUGGAAGGUACGGGGCACAUUCCUGUCCUCACGGGGCACAUUCCUGUCCUCACGGGGCACAUUCCUGUCCUCACGGGGCACAUUCCUGUCCUCACGGGGCACAUUCCUGUCCUCACGGGGCACAUUCCUGUCCUCACGGGGCACAUUCCUGUCCUCACGGGGCACAUUCCUGUCCUCACGGGGCACAUUCCAUGCUGCCCACGCCCUUCGUCUUACGCUCCUCUUCCAACCCCUUCUGCGUUCCUCUCUUCUUGCUGCUCUUUCUCUCUUCUCCUCCCCAACCCAAUCUUCCUUCUCCUUCGUGUCUCCAAUCUUCAAUGCCUUGCUGAAUACCCAGAAAAAUCUGCAGACAUGGCAGCAGCAGGAGCGGGUAAACGUGCCGCCACUUAUGGUGCCACCGCUGCUGAUGCUGCUGCUGCUGAUGCUGCUGCUACUGCUGCUGAUGCUGCUGCUGCUGCUGCUGCUGCUGCUGCUGCUGCUGCUGCUGCUGCUGCUGCUGCUGCUACUGCUGCUGCUGCUGCUGCUGCUGCUGCUGCUGCUGCUGCUGCUGCUGCUGCUGCUGCUGCUGCUGCUGCUGCUGCUGCUGCUGCUGCUGCUGGUGCUAAUGCAGCAGCAGCGCCGCAUUAG